GAUAGCCUCAGAUUCAAACAAUCAAUCUCACCCUUCAUCUCGUCAGCAACAAUCAAGCGUUCAGAACCGGGCACACACCAAACCACCUAAGAUCUCGAUAGCGCACGUGCAACCUUGCUUUUUGGGUCAGUCAUCAUCAGCCAACGUGUACAAGUCAUUCGACCAUCCAACAUCCAAGAAAUGUGUACGUCAAAGUAUAUCAAAUACACAUGCGGCUGUAAGAAGGAGAUGGAGUUCAUCCAGUGCCCGGAGCGCCAGGGAUCCAACGUUAAAUGCCAUCCAGUUAACAAGACCUGGGGCAAAGAUUCGACCCACUACUGUUCAAGGCACAUGGUCAAGCCAGACGCACCAGUGAAAUACACGGACCAAAAUGGAGAGGAGGUUGUGGAAUAGUGAAGCAUGGUUUAUGAACUUUGGGGCUGCAUUGAAACGAUGAAUUGGGGGGGAAGUUUGGGAAUUUGACCGCUUUCUGGGUGCUUUCUACCUGGGCACUUUGUAGACAGCCUAGCCGCAAUACAUUGGCGAACUGUUCCCACUUCCUUGUCAUUCUCUCUUGUUGAAGUAGCCUCCUCUGCGAGCAGCCUCCGGUAGCUCGGUUGGCCGGUUGUUACCUUCGCCACUCGAUCUCCAGAGGAGCUGUGCCUGUUCACACCAUCGAAAAUGUUCCAAAAAGCCAUCUUGCGCAUAUACCUUGUCGCGAGCCUCGAACGCCCAUUUCUCGCCUCUGGAGCCGAUGAUGUCCUUUUCGAGUGCGAGUUGACAUCCGGCACACGACAGUCCGUGUUCGACUUUGCCGGUUCGUCCAUCAUAAUAAGGAAGUGCGCACGACCCCAUAAAGUUGAAUUUUUGAUUUCUUCCUGAGUUCACUGGCAGUGCCUGCGCUGGUUCAUGUGGUUGCUGGCCGGAAACCAACAUGGCAUGAUGAACAGCAACGAUCGUAAUACGGGAUUUGUGUACGGAUUCCUUCAUCGAAUAUAUUCCAGGCAAAGUCUUGAAUGACCCCAGUUGGUCCAAUUCGGCCUUCGCCAAGUGGAAUCGCUUCCGGACAGCGGCAAGAGUUUGCACUUGGGUUUCCGGAGCGUCUUGGAGGCACUCAAAACAGCAUCGAUUCCAGGUUAAGAGGGACAUAAACCCGCCGAAUUCGCCGCAAAAAGUACAAGCCUUGGUGCAUAGUACGUCGUAAAAGUCGAUUAGAGAAACGCCGUUAGCGAGUCGUGUUCGUAAUAACGCGCAGAGAAGGUUCAGUCCAUGCGAUACUACCAUCCGAUAUUGCUUUAGAGAGUCUGCCGUCUGUCUCGACCUGAGAUUUGUUUGUCGAAAGUUGAGUAGAGUAUACAUGUCCAGACGUAACAACACAUCGUGCAAGAGCUCGAGGGGUAGCCGAUCGAGGGAGCCGAGUCCCGUAUAAGAAGUCCGUCGGAAAGGGGCGCCUAUCGAUAGACAAAUACCGACGUGUUCGCGAGGCGAGAACCAUAUCACAGAGCGACAGUAAUCUUUGCGAUGGUAGGCGGAGGCUCGAACAAUGGCAUCGAUCUGCUCGUCGCAGAAACGGUAUUCGGUGGCGGAGCGAUAUCCGCGAGGCAUAAUAUCAGCCAUUUUCGACGUUUGUCGGUACGCUUGAGUGAAAGGCGCACGGGCAUGAGAUGUCGCUGGUGACUGAUGACCUCGAUAACGGGGCGCUCGGUCGCGUUUGUGCAGCCUGCCAUGGGAUGUCUGCACGUAUUCGUCGAAUUCGGUCAGUAAUGACAGUGGCUCCUCAGAGCUUGGAUAUCGAAUGCCACGCUCUCGAUGGACGGCGGUGCGUUUGGCUUGUUGCUGGAGUAGUUAUCAAUGCACCUUUAUUUUCCCCU